AAGGUGUUCGAGGUUCAAAGGCUCAGCCUCACCAUGAGCCACAGCCAAAGAAUGGGGACGUACCGACAGGCGUGGAAGCUGUUGGCAGUUUUUCUUUGCCUCCGGAGCGUAACCUUCCUAGCCCCCACAAACCGCCGUGCAGUGUUGGCAGCAGCUACAUCUGCGCUGGGUGUUGAGUCCAGGCUGGCUCCAGCAACUGCGUUUGGCAGUGACCCUGCGGACUGGUUCGGAUACUACAGGGACCCGAACCAUCCGGGCUGCACCCGCAAGAUUCAGUACGAUGACACUGGCCCCAUGGUGAUCUUUGGCACUGAUGGGAAUCCUGGUUGCCUCGGUGACGGCUCCAAGAUAACGAAGAAUUGGAGGAUCUAUCCCACCUUCACGCCGGGGUCUGACAGUAUGGUCUUCGACUUUAGCUCCAAGGUGGGACUCGCUUGCGCAAACGCUGGACAUGUGACAUGGGAGACAUGGGAGACACGGGAGACAUGGGAGACGCAGAGACAUGUAAGGGCGGUCCUGCCAACGUGACUGGCAAAUGGGAUGGCACUGGGAUCGUUUUCCCGGACGGCAACAAGUGGACGAGAUUCAUCCGAUAGGAGGGCGAGCGAGCGAGAGCUCCAGGACUGCGACUGAUCCAUGUAGGCAUCUGCCGUCGCGUGAGCAAGACCUCGAGCGAGCUGCGAGUGGGAAAAAGCGCUUGACCGACGGA